GAAUGGCACGAUGAAUAUAUUAGUUUUUACACUAGGGCAGGCUCAGUUAUCGCCGAAGGCGUAUUAAGUUCUUGUUACGACGAUUGCCCUCCUUCUCAGUCGCUCAUGGACCUUGUUUUUUUACCAGUACGCUGGUGGACCCUUUUUAAACCAAGCACGCAUCGCGAAAGCCGCCUUCAUCCCUAUGUUCAGUUCUUGGAAACAGCAUAUUUUUCUUUUAUCAAUUUAUUUGUGCAAUAA